AUGCCGCCUGAACGACAGAAUGCGCCGGUGAAGCUGUCACUGCCUCUGCAAUUCCAGCAGGACAUCUUCACCGAACUCCGCGGGGAAGAUGAGCUGGUCAUCCUCGCCCGAGGCCUAGGGCUCCUCCGUCUGAUAACGAAUUUGCUUCACUUUUAUGAUGCGGCGGGAAACAACUUGGUACUCCUAGUCGGAGCGGACGAUCGGGAGAACGAAUGGAUCGGCGAGGCCCUGGCGGAGCAUUAUGCGGUUAGCAAAUCUCCUCUCGCCAGGGGUCUCAAGGUCAUCAAUACCGAUAGAGCUACAGUUCCGAUGAGAGAGAAGAUAUACGCCGAAGGUGGUAUUUUGAGUGUAACAUCCAGGAUAUUAGUGGUGGAUCUACUGUCUAAGUUACUUGACCCAGAGAAGGUGACUGGAUUGGUCGUACUUCAUGCGGACAAGAUCGUCGCGACCUCAACCGAGGCAUUCAUCAUUCGGAUCUUUCGUAAUGCGAACAAAAGCGGCUUUCUGAAAGCCUUCUCCGACUCUCCGGAACCUUUCACUACGGGGUUCGCACCCUUGGCUAACUCUCUACGAAACCUCUUCUUGCGGAAAGCGUCAUUAUGGCCGCGGUUCCACGUUACCGUCGCAGAGUCGCUGGAGGGGCAUCGCAAGGCUGAAGUAAUUGAACUGGAGGUUCCCAUGAGCGAUAAGAUGCGCGAGAUACAAAACGCGGUCCUCGAGUGCGUGGAGCUCUGCAUUGGAGAGCUCAAAAAAGCAAACACGGGAUUAGACAUGGCCGAUUGGACGUUGGAUAGUGCCUUGCAUAGAAGCUUCGACAUCUCCAUCAGACGCCAGCUUGAUCCUAUGUGGCAUCGUGUGAGCUUCAGGACCAGGCAGAUUGUGUCCGAUCUCAGUGACCUUCGGGCAAUACUCCAUGCCCUGCUCACUUACGACGCUGUAUCAUUUGUCAAAUAUCUCGACACCAUCGUCACCGCGCACUCCCCACCUCCAGGUUCUACGAGACACAACUACUCACCGUGGUUGUUUCUUGACGCCGCCCACGUUCUCUUCCAGACGGCGAAAUCACGAGUAUACGCAGGAAAGAUAGGCAACGAUGCGGCUCGCUCGUCAAUGACGUCUUUACCAACCACACUUCGUCCUGUAUUGGAAGAGCAACCGAAGUGGGAGGUUCUGGCCGAGAUACUCGAGGAAAUCGAAGUCGAUGCGUACCAUCACCCAGUCCACGCCGAUGAAUCAAACAGUACCGUACUGAUUAUGUGCGCUGAUCAAAGAAUGUGUCGUCAACUGCGGGAGUAUCUGGGAACAAUGCAUACUAAAGUGGAAGACGAGAGGAUGGAUAAUGCACAUGAUGAUGAGGACAAACAAGGGAAGAAACGCUCAGGAGAAGUUAUGCUUCGCAGAAAACUCAGGGAGUAUAUCGACUGGAAGCGCUCAUUGGCCAAUGUCAGCAAGAACCUGACAGCAAAACCAGCGAAUGAAGAACCACGUCCAGGGUCAGGACGAGACUCACGACGACCAACUACCACCCACCAUGGUAGGGCCCCUCCGAACAAACGGCGCCGAGUCCGCGGAGGAGGCGCAACCUCUGUUGCCACUCCUCGUCCUCCCAAUAGCAGUGUGCAAGCAGACAACGAGCCUUCAGAGCAGAUGACAGUUCUACUGGAUGAGAUCCAGCCUACAGAAAUUGAAGAAACUCUUAAGGAUGAUGUCAUCAUUGACGACUUUGAAGACAUGGGUGAUUUUUACGAGCUGUAUGAUAUGGAUGACUUGGUAAUGGUACAUCCUUUCGACGGGGAUAUGGAUGAACAUAUUCUAGAAGAAGUCCGUCCUCGAUACAUUAUCAUGUACGAGCCCGACCCUGCCUUCAUUCGCCGCGUGGAAGUUUACCGCAGCUCCCAUGUCGGCAGGAACGUGCGAGUGUACUUCCUGUACUAUGGCGGCUCCGUCGAAGAACAGCGCUAUCUCAGCGCAGUGCGACGGGAGAAGGAUGCCUUUACAAAGCUCAUCAAAGAGAAGAGCAACAUGGCUGUAACACUCACCCACGACAAAUCUGCCGAAGACCCCCAAGAGCAAUUCCUCCGCACAGUAAACACUCGCAUCGCAGGCGGCGGCCGCCUAACAGCAACUGCCUCGCCCCCGCGCGUGGUCGUCGACGUGCGUGAGUUCCGCAGCGCGCUCCCCUCCCUCCUCCACGGCAACAACAUGGUCAUCGUCCCCUGCCAAAUCACGGUAGGCGACUACAUCCUCACGCCGGACAUCUGCGUCGAGCGCAAGUCCGUCCGCGAUCUCAUCUCCUCCCUCCGCAAUGGCCGCCUCUACAACCAAGCGGAACAAAUGACACAGCACUACAAGUCACCACUGCUGCUCAUCGAGUUCGACGAGAACAAGUCCUUUACCUUCGACGCUUUCACGUCGGCAACAACACCAGGCACGACCUUCCUGACGGACUUCGGCUUCUCUUCAUCCGGAACCCUCACAACGUCCCUCUCGUCCAGCAGCGCGCUAAUAAACCCCUCCGCCCCCAAAUCAGCACAGCACCUCCUCGUCCUGCUAACUCUUGCCUUUCCACGCCUGAAAAUCAUCUGGUCGUCGUCGCCCUAUCAAACUGCCGAGAUCUUCGCUGAGCUGAAGAAGAAUGCACCCGAGCCGGAUCCUGUCCGCGCCGUGCAGAUCGGGCUGGAUGUCGAUAUCACUGAGGACACGGGGUCUGGCGAUGUCAUGACGGCGUCGGGGAUCGAGCACCGGACGUUUAAUUUGCUGCCGCAGGAGAUGCUGAGGGCUGUGCCUGGGGUGUCGCCGCAGGUGUUGGAACGGUUGAUUCUGGAAACGGGAAAUAUUGCGGAGAUUGCGAAUAUGAGUGUUGAGGAACUAGAUCCGUUUAUGGGGAAGGAGGCGGCGAGGCAGGUUAUGGGAUUCUUUCGGAAGAGUGUUUUUGAUGGGGACUAG